AUGGUAGAACAGUUGCACCAUCAGGGAUCCAAGAGAAGGAAGGCACGUGAGCAGAUGCAGAGAACGGAGGCUAUGAGCCCACAGGACUCUAAGGCAGCUGGGGCAGAGGCCAUGGAGGGACACAAGGCCCAAAGCCAGAAUCAGGGGCGUAUAGAGCCCACAGCCCCUCCACUUCCCCCACCUUCACCACCACCACUGGGGCCACCGGAUUACCCACGGCCGAGGCUUGUUUUCCACACCCAGCUGGCUCACGGAAGCCCAACGGGCCGAAUCCAUGGAUUCACCAAUGUCAAGGAGCUCUAUGCCAAGAUUGCUGAAGUUUUCAACAUCUCUCCUUCAGAGAUCUUAUUCUGUACCCUCAACUCCCAUAAAGUUGACAUGCAGAAGUUACUAGGAGGGCAAAUUGGGCUAGAAGACUUCAUAUUUGCUCAUGUCAGAGGAGAAACUAAGGAGGUGGAGGUGGUGAAGACAGAGGAUGCUUUGGGCCUUACCAUCACAGACAAUGGUGCUGGAUAUGCAUUUAUCAAGAGAAUAAAGGAAGGCAGCACAAUAGAUCAGCUGAAAACUGUGUGUGUCGGUGACCACAUCGAGGCCAUCAAUGACCAGAGCAUUGUUGGAUGUCGACAUUACGAAGUGGCCAAGAUGCUGAAAGAGCAACCAAGAGGCAUUCCCUUCACUUUGCGUUUGGUUGGACCCAAGAGGGCCUUUGAUAUGAUUGGAAUGAGGACCAAAGCUCCGAAGUCUAAUGAAGGCAAAAUAGUCAAUGGAAGGGAAACCCUGCGUCUUCGUUCGAGAGGUUCAGCUACUGUCCAGGAAGUGCAGAAUGAGUUUGAAGAACGGGCCACCAUGAAAGUGGAUGAUCUGCUGGAAAGCUACAUGGGCAUCCGAGAUUUAGAGCUAGCAACUACCAUUGUGGAAGCAGGCAAGGACAAGAAGAACCCUGAUGACUUUGCAGAGGCGCUGGACUCAGUUCUGGGAGAUUUCGCUUUUCCUGAUGUGUUUUUGUUUGACGUCUGGGGAGCAAUUGGGGACGUCAAGAAUGGGAGAAUGUAGAAUUUUAUUGUGACCAUACAGCUGUGUCCUUUAGCACAUCCAAUUAUAAGAAAGCAUUGCGGCCUUAUUUCUUAGAUAAAUUAUUAAUUCAUUCAUACAAAUUUAAUGCUUGCAUACAUUUAAUAUUUACGCUAGAAUCACUUUCUUCUAAAACCAUGGCAAAUGCAGAAAUUAAGGUAUUCUCUCUGUUUUGGUCUCUAGACACAUUAUUGUUCACUUCAAACGGAGGAUCUGACCACCAUGUAUAUUUUCAGGUCAAAUAAAGUACGCACAGAAAAUGUAUUGUGAUUACAGUACACCCGACCCCUGCUCACUUGAAGCUCAGCAAUCGCAAAUUCACCCCUUUACACAGAUUUAUUUUUCAUUCUAUAGGACGUAACCCACAUCAUCAACAGACAGCCUCACUUAGUGGCAGGUUUUAAUAAUUGAGGUUAAAAAAAGCAGCAAUUAUGAUUUGUUUAUUUAUUUUUUUAUUUGUGUGAUGAAAUCUUGUAAGCAGUAUGUGCAUGUACAUGCUGUUUCAGGAUUAUGUCACACGGUAAACUUUACUACUGCAUUUGUAUUUUAACUGGGAGAACAGUUCAUAAUGGAAAUUGUGAAGCUGCUGUUUCAGUGCAGUCAUGUCUUGGCUCCUAGUGGAAAGUUACACCUACACCUGUUAUAUAGACCUCACGGUUAU